AUGGCAAGAGCUAUCUCACGUCCCUUGUUCUUUCCUGCUCUUUAUUUCAUGGUCAUUAUUAGUUAUGUUUAUCUUUCAUCCGAUCUUAUUAAAGCUCAUCGAUGUAACAAAUUCAGAUCAAUCAUCUCUCUCAACAUUAAUAGUUGCUAUUACCUAUCGAUCGUCUUGAUGUCUGCGUUUAUUAAAAUAUCAUUUGGUAUCCAUUACAUUGUUGGAAGUUUUAUUGUUGGGUUAGUACUUCCUUAUGAAGGAGGUUUCGCGGUUGGAAUUAUUAAGAGAAUUGAAGACCUGAUAAAGAGGAACAAAAAUUCACGAAAACAAAUUAUGGAUAUUUAUGAUACGAAAUCAAAUUUGGGAUGUUGUUCACUUCGUAGACAGUUUACUUCA